CAUGGCGAAAGGAUGUGGCGAUUUUGUCCACGAAGGGGAAAAAUAUUUCAAUCUGUUGAAUCAGAUGUUUGUACAAGAUCCAGAAAUUGAAGAAGUAGAUAUCAUAUUCUGCCCUCAAUGUAAAGUAAAUCAAGAAGAGAAAACCAUUUGUGCCAUGAUCAAUGAGAAGCAUAUUCUAGGAAUACGAUCAUGGUGUGUGCAACCAUUGUACAUGUAUGCAUAUAAUAAAUUAUUAAGGGCAAGAAAACAUAAGGGCAUUACCUGUUAUAAUAGUUUAUCUGCUACCGAUAUUCUACAGCUAUCAAGAGCAGUAUUGUUGCUUAGUGCUGAAUGCUAUACAGUAUGGAAUAUGAGAAAGGAGCUGGUAAUGACAAGUGUACUGAACAUAGAUGACGAUCUUCAGUUAUCAUCUUUAAUUUUGUCCAAACACCCCAGAAGUGCAGAGACAUUCAGCCAUCGAAAAUGGCUCAUUGUUCAAUAUGUUAAACAGAAAGGCAGAUCAAAAUAUAUCCAGGAAUGGCUUAGAAAAGAACUGUGUAUCUGUCUUUACUGUGCUGAUCAUUAUUCAGACAACUAUGUUGCUUGGACACACAGAGGAUGGAUAACUGAAGAAUUCAUUGAUUCUAAAAAGAAAUAUUUGUCAGAGCUGCAUGCGAUGGAGAAAUGGGUCCAAAUGCAUAUUUCUGAUCACUGUGGAUUUCAUUUUAGACAAAAGUUAUUAACAAAGCUCAAAGAGAUGAGCUCUGUUGAGGACAUGGUUUUACUACUACUUGAAGAAAUGGUGUUUGUAACAAAUCUCCAGGACUCAUUUCCUGGUCAUGAGUGCACAUGGUCUCACAGACGAUUCAUUGUUGAGCACUGGCAUCUUUGGUUUGGUUCGGUCCCUUUUUCAUACCUCCAACAACUUGUUGCACUAUCCAAACAUUCAAGCCAACAAGAAGCCUCUCAUAAUGUAACAUGUGUUCAACGUUGUUGGGCUCCCUGUGUCAAGUCCUUGAGUUCGCUUUGUGGGUCUGCUCUCAAAGUCAAGUCACUGUAUGGGAAAGGUCAAGAAGACAGCCUUAGUUCUAUGAAAAGCAAUGCUAUGGAAUUCUUUCUGGUGGAAUCCGAAUUAGAAUAUUGUAAGCAGGUCCAGAAAAAAUCAAGAAAUGAUGAUCGGUUUGUAUCCGGCUACGAAAAAUGGCUUGUAUUACGUUAUGGGAAGGAAAAUACUCAUUCCCAAAACCCACUUCCUAAAAACUAAUGAAUGAAAGCUAGAAUAUAAAUUACUAUUGAAAAAUAAUCUAUUUAAUAGUUAAGUUAUGGAUGGCAAAAUUAGUAUACAUUUUGAAUGCCAAUAUUUAAUAUUAUUAUUGUAAUUAUCUUAUUUUUUUACAAUAAAAUUUAUUCAUAUAUAAAUAUUUUGAAUGUUGAAAUUUUGAAACCAAAUGUAUUUAAUUCAUUCUGAUGUUUGUUAUAAGUAAAAUGUUUUUUGACGUAAUGAAAUAAAGACUUUAGUGUGAAA